ACCAGCUCCUGACACGGUGUAAUGCUACAUAACAUGCUAUUGGUAACAUGUAUCUACCAAUUAAUGCAUUAACUUACAUGUCAAUCAGCAUAUCGUAAUAAAAACUGGAACGGAAUGUACACCAACAAGAUUUAAGAAAGCCAAAAACAGCCAGAAGUAAUUAAAGAAUGGUUUGAGACGUGAAAAAUCUUAUUCGCAAUUAUUUUCAAUGGCUGGUUGAAGAAAUGGCAAAAAUACGACAUGUUUAACAUAACUUAACCUCGACGACCUUUAAUCUACCUCGACCUAACUUAACGUAACCUAACCCCACGUGACCUGACCUGACCUGACCUGGCUCUAUGUUUCAGGGAGAAGACAACAUCGAGUACUUUUUGGGCCUCACACCAGCUGGGAUCGUUGUACUCAAAAAUAAGGCGAAAGUGGGGAAUUAUUUUUGUCCGAGAAUUUCCAAGGUGUAUUUUCGUGGGAGAUUUUUCAGAGUGAAAGAUAAAAAUAGCUUGGAGAACACCUACGGCUUGGAGACACCCAGUAAGUCAGCCUGUAAACACCUGUGGCAGUGCUUCUUCAGAUUGACUCAAGCUUCUGGGAAUUCUACGGAUGCUGUCUUCUCCCUUGGAGCUAAGAUUGGGUCACAGCAAGAAGGAUGGUGAGGUGAGGCAGGCCAGGCUCAACUCAAGGAUGCAGCCAGAAUUUACAAGGAUGCCAAGUAGGAGAUACCCAGUAAGUCAGCCUGUAAACACCUGUAGCAGUCUCCCUGCCCCUCCCUGCCUCCCCCAGAGCAUGGAGAACACCUACGGCGUGGAGACACCCAGUAAGUCAGCCUGUAAACACCUGUGGCAGUUCUGUGUUGAGCAUCACGCCUUCUUCAGAUUAACUCAAGCUUCUGGGAAUUCUGCAGAUGCUGUCUUCUCCCUCAGAGGAGGAUUGUGGAAAGUGCACAGGACACCUCGCAGUCGAGGCCUCCUAAGUCUGCAGGUAUGGGAGUGGAAUGCCUUGUCCCCCUGAGACACAGGAGGGCAGAUCUGAGGAGGGAGAAUGAGAGACGGCACCUCAUCCAUGCGACGACAUGCGACUACUACUACUACUACUACUACUACUACUACUACUACUACCACUUCUGCAGGCAAAACAUUUUUCGAUCAAGUUCUAUGACGUUAGGGGGUCGCAGCUCCUCCCCCCACAGCACCAGUUCAGCCUCGCAUCCCCCCAUUACCACCACCACCACCACCACCAGGGUACAAGGAGAGAGUCCCAAGUCCCUCCAGUCAACUACUACUACUACUACUACUUCUGGUGGUCAUGACUAUUGGGUGUUGAGAAGGGCCUCCAGUGUGGAUAGUCAGUUGUCGGUGGACUCCAGGGCUCACAGAAACACAGUUACAAGAACGCACCAAGCAUCUCUACCCCAUAGAAGGUUAUACCCCAUUUCACUUAAUCAGAACUGAUGGAGAGCAUGGAAGGAUUACUAUCUACACCAAAAAUAUGAUAAAUAUACAAGUUCUAAAUCAGUUCUCUUUUAUAAACAGGAAUAUUGAAAUAAGUACAACAAAGGUAAUUGUAGGGAGCACCAGUUAUAUUAUCUCAGUAAUUUACAGGAUCAAUAGUAAACAUAUAGUUGUUAAGGAAUUCACAGACAUUAUCAAUAAUUUACUAGUUGCUGAAACUUUUAAAAAUAACAAAACAAUUCUCAUUGGGGAUAACAUUAAUUUACUUGAACAUUCCACUCAUCUUCCUACCAACUUAUUCCUCAACACAAUGCAAACUCUGCAUCUCACACAUCUCAACCAACAAGAUUUCCUGACAGCCCUGACCUUGGUCAACCAUCAUUACCAGACCAUAUCUGGACUAAUUUCACACCUCCAUCAUUAUCAGAUCAGGCAGCAGCAAGCCUCAGUGGGCCCAGGUCACAGUGGGUCACACUCAGGUCAGAAGUCACAUGGCCACAGUGCACGACCUGACACACAAGAGUGGGUACCACCCUUCAGGUGUGGACACGGAGGUUGACUCCCUCCACCACCACCACCACCACCACCACCACCACUCGGCUAACAAGAAACAACAUCACAAACACCGUAACUCCAGUGAUUGGAAGGCUACCCUCCCCCUGUGGAUGGAGAGAGCCCUCCCCCAUACACGCCAUCCACGCACUCCAAGAACCAUACACUUCCGAAGGGCUGCAGUAAGGUGCAUGUGUGUGUGUGUGUGUGUGUGUGUGUGUGUGUGUGUGUGUGUGUGUGUGUGUGUGUGUGUGUGUGUGUGUGUGUGUGUGUGUGUGUGUUGUUGUUGUUGUUGUUGUUGUUGUUGUUGUUGUUGUUGUUGUUGUUGUUGUUGUUGUUGUUGUUGUUGUUGUUGUUGUUGUUGUUGUUGUUGUUGUUGUUGUUGUUGUUGUUGUUGUUGUUGUUGUUGUUGUUGUUGUUGUUGUUGUUUUGCAGGAGGGGACAGUGGAGGGAAGAAUACCAGAUGGAGCUGUAGGAGGCAGAGAAGGAGGAGGAGGAGGAGGAGGAGGAGGCUUCAGCUCAAAGGCAUUAUAUUGUAAAAA